UUUCACAUUCGCAAGCCCAAUUCCCAAUUCCAUCCCAACAAAACCAAACGCCGCAUGAUCAAGAGCCAUCUGGGUUUUGGGUCAAGGCCUUCUUCAGCUUUAAUUUAUCUCACUGAAACGUUCGCUCGAUGCAGGUUUGAAAGGCUCGCAUAGAGUUAGGAUUUAGGAGAUGGACUUUACAUUGCCAAUUGUGAAUGCCACAACAGCGGUGAUUGAUCGUGUCUCAGCUGCAUUCAACACACCUGUUGCCUGUGCAGUCGUCUUCGGGGUUCAUAUCGAUGGUUACUUGGUUGCGGGAGGACUACUUAUUGCGUUCAUUGUGUUUCAGCUUUCCAGAAAGAGCUACAAACCUCCAAAGAAGCCACUUUGCGAGAAGGAAGUUGAUGAGCUAUGUGAUGAAUGGCAACCAGAACCUUUAUGUCCUCCAAUCAAAGAGGGUCCCCAAAUUGACACACCAAUCUUGGAAAGUUAUGCAAUAGAAAUAGAUAAUGGAAGAGAAGCACUCACACAAGUAUAUGCAAAUGAUCUUACUAUUUUAUCAAAGCUCACUAUCGCCAG